AUGUUAGCUGCGCAUCCUUCAGGAACUAUCAACAAAUUCCAAAUCUCUUUUAGCUGCAAAGCCACUUUGCGCGGAUACACAACCGCGCCUUCAGGUCCUCUGAUUACUAGUUGUUUUGCCUCUUCAAGAUCAAGAGGUCCUUGGAGCAAUGUGAAGUGUUAUCAUUCAUCUUUCUCUCCAAAAAGCCAAAUUCAUCAUCGUAGAAGAUGGAUGUGUUGUCGUUCAUCGAUUUCACCGGAUGAUGAGUACCGUUCAUCGGGCAACAUAGCUAUUAGUCUCUUAAGACGUUACAGGACAGUGAUUGAACGCGGUCAAGGUGAAACUUUAAAAGACUUCAUUUCGGCUGGCGUGAAUGCAUACGCUCUCGGUUGCACAGAUGAAGAUUUGAGAAAAGAACUUGUAGCUAUGAAAGAAUCGGGUUUCGAGAUCGAACAAACGGAGAGUUAUCACGGAAGCACACAGACUAAAUCCAAUAUUUUGCUCUCUGAGGUAGAUGAAUGCAUAUUGUGGCUUAGCAUUGUAUUCAUCACAAUCUUGUGCACGCCGCAACCAACGGUCGUGAGAUGGUCUUCGGCUCCUUCGGUCUCCGAUGAGACUCUUAGCAAAUGGAGAGGCUUUUGCGCGGUAAUAGCCAAUGCAUACUAUAUCAGGGGAAUGGCGUGGCUGCCGGUGAAGACUCUUCAGAUGGAGCAGAUGGCGGUGACGGGACAAGCGGAGGAGCCAUCGGUUGUGGCUAGCCGAAUGAGACUGGUCUUUAGCACUCUCGAGGUAGUGAGCCCUCAAUGGCCACGGGUUUAA